UUCCUCCGCUGCAUUCCAUCACCGCGUCAUGUACGCAUCGUAUUCAACGUCCACAUCGUCCUCGAGAACGUCUACCUCUAGUACCAAUACCAACAGUAGCGGAUACAAUGGAAAUCAGAAAUCGCUCGCUCCGGGAGACGUUCCGACUCUCGUUCAUAACCUCCUUUCUUCUACAAAACAAUUGCAGGAGAUGCUGCGACAAUGGAGCUUGAAUCAAGCAACGGAAAGUCAAGUGAGCGACGUCUACGUCCAAGUAGGCACGGAAUUCAAUGCGAUCAUUGGCGCGUUUGCUUAUCACCAAAUCGAUCUAAGCGAUAUCCAUUCGAUUCCUCAGGAGUUGCGCACGGUGUUGGAAAACUGUCUCGCUCAGGAACCGUCAAGCGAGGUCUUCCAAAGCUUCGCACCCGAAGUGAAAAAGAUAUUCUACAAGCUGCUAAAGGGUCUUCAAUCUCGUCAAGCAGCGUGGCGUGCUGUCGUCAAUCGCGAGGCCCCGUGACGCUUGGCAAUAUUGCGAAUAUGACUGCGCCGACGAGUUCGCAUGAAUUUGUAAUUAUGCCUGUUCAGGGUUGGAUUCACAACCAAAUUGCCACCACGGCCCAGCCCACUGGACAAGACAAGGAGGACGAGGGCAAUGUUUUGGCGCUUUGGUUUAUGGGCUGUUUCUUGAUCAGGGAAAGGAAAUAGACAGAGCGUGCCAGGCAGGGUUUAUUUGAGGCUAUUGCUAGUCCUUGACUCAAUGUUACCGUCGAUAGUUUCCUUACCGCUUGCAUUUG